CGUGAAGGCGGUAAGAAGACAGCGAUUGGUAACAUGGGAAUUGGCAUAAUACAUUUAUACUAUUAGUACAUGCACGUAGCAAAAUCAUGCACCAAUCUAGCUAGCAUGCACAUGAACACGAAGCAUGAACAACGAAGACAACACCAAUAUAGCUAACUAGCACAUGAACCCUAAGCAUGAACAUCAAUCACAACACCUAACUUGCAUCAUGAAGCAUAAGCACGAACAUCAAACACAUCACCUAACUUGCAUCAUGAAUCCUAAGUAUGAACAUCAAACACAUCACCUAACUUGCAUGAUGAACACAUUGUUGCGAAUGAGCACUAGGCAUGAACAUGAAACACAACAACUAUCUACCAUACCCGUGAACACAGUGUACAUCAUGAGCAGCACUAAGAAUUAAGCAGUACGCACUAUGCUUGAACAUGAAACACACAUCACUCUAGCAUGCCUAUGAACAUAACUAUCCUGCUUAUGAAGACUACUAAACAUGCACAUCAAACACCUAACAAGCAAGAACACUACUAUCCUGCCUAUGACCAAUAGCGCGCCAGGAAUUGAAUCCAAUCGGUUCGACUCAAUUCGGAUCGGGUCGAAUCUAAUCUAAUGCAUGCUAAUGAUGAAAACCCUAAUCUACACAUCUACGAGCAAAGAGGGGACUUCGUUCUUACCGAAGCGGCUGGAGCGUACGCCGGUCGGGGAGAAAACCCCGAUGGGAAGGAGAUGGCCGAUGAACAGGAGGAGGAGUCGCCGAUGCCGAUAGACGUCAGCAUUGGCCCGAUGCACAUGGCCACACGCACGAUCGAGGGGGAGGGCACCGACAUCCAUGGAACAAACCCUCGGAUGGGGAACCCCCCCCCCCCUCCUCACCACCAAUAGGGGUUUCAACCAACAACACGGACGCCGCCCCCUCCGAUGGCACCACCGAACCCAUGACCAUGAGGUUCGGAUACGACGACGAAGCCGAAGCGACCGGCACCGCAUUUGUCGGACGUGGAGACCUGGUGCACAACGAAGAUGGCGCCCGCAGAGCCCGCAUCAGGUCCACACUGGAGUUCGCCAAGCCAACAACCCAUUGCUCAUGAAUACGGUUAUGGCCGGCACUGAUGGAGGUCAAGGACGACACGACGGCGGACGACUCAUCGAAGGAGAAGAGAGGAGAGGAGAGCAAGGGGCGGUGAGGGAAAUGAGAGUGAAUGGUGUGAAUGGAGUAGUGAACGAUGACAGGAGAAGGAGAGGGGGUCAUGAGACGUCUCGUCUGUCUAUCGCACUCUACGAGACGUGCAUCCAACAACCACGCGUUUCCGCGCUCCGCGUGUCUGCAGAGAAACUACCGAUUCGACGAUAGCUCGCGGGCCAGGCCCAAAACUACUUUAACUUCUGUGUGGGCCAAAACGUGGGUGCAAUCCAAGCAACCAAACAUCGUGUUUUCGUCCCUUGGGGGUCUGGUUGACCCAGAAGCGUUUGAUGUGUUUUUUUUUAUAGAUAUGUUUGUAAGGAUCUAUGAUAGUGAAUUUAUGGCUUUGGGCAGUUUUGCAUAAAAAAGAAGAAAAAUACAUAUACGAAGUGUUAGAAUCGGUCGGUCCGGGGUCCAAGUUGGUGCAACAGUUUAGGCAGCGGCAUACACGGCGGUGCAGACAUAUGUCGCCGUGGAAAAGAGCGAGUUCCACGCGGGGAAAGUGUUAGUAUUUAAUUCUCAUGUCUACGGAUCUUUCCGCCCGGUCCAACAAAAGGAGGGAGGGAACAUCGAUAGCCAAAUCCCAUUAAAAAUUGACACAGCUCCUCUCCUCCUUGUCCAUUCCCAGGCGAGGAUCUCGUGGAACAUGAUGUUAGCCUUGAUUCCAUCGUCCCCCCACACCAAGAUGCCCCCUUCCCUGCCGUUUGGGCUUUUCCUCCUCGUCUCUCCCCCCCAUACGAGUCAAAUCGUAAGCCUAGUAAUCAACAUCCUACAAAUACACCUUAAUUCAACUCUUCCUCUUCUCCCACUCUACAGAUAUACAUCUCCCUCUCGCCCUCCCUCUCGCUCUCUCUCACACACACACUCAUAGCUAGGCAGACCAUAAACAUGGAGGCCACCGCACUUGUGCUCCUCCCUCACAGUCACAGCGGCCUCACGGUCAGAGCACCGUCUUCCGUGGGUGGAAGCUCCGUGACGAAGAAGAGCUACGCGAGGAGGAUCAAGCGGAGCUCCACGGUGCGAGGGGUCAUGGCGAGGCCACAGGAGGCGACUCUAGCUCGGGUCCCGGCACCGGCGCCAACAAGGCCGGUGAGAGAGACAGCCGCGGCAACGACGACGGUGUACCACGACACUUGGUUCGACAACCUCGCCAUUGGCUACCUGUCCAGGAAACUUCAAGAAGCUUCCGGGAUAAAGAACGGGAAACAUGGCUACCAAGGAUUAAUAGAGGCCGCUGUGGCAAUCUCCAGAAUCUUCAGGCUCGACACACAGUGCGAGAUUGUGGCCGGUGCUCUCGAACGAGCUAUGCCAAGCUACAUCGUCACAAUGAUAAAGGUGAUGAUGCCACCUUCAAGAUUUUCCAGGGAGUACUUUGCUGCCUUCACCACCAUAUUCUUCCCUUGGCUCGUCGGACCAUGUGAGGUCAGGGAAUCUGAAGUCGAUGGAACGAGAGAGAAGAAUGUGGUGUACAUUCCCAAAUGCAGGUUUCUGGAAAGCACCAACUGUGUCGGUAUGUGCACGAACCUUUGCAAGAUCCCAUCCCAGAAGUUUAUGCAAGAUUCACUCGGAGUUUCUGUGUACAUGUCACCCAAUUUUGAAGACAUGAGCUGCGAGAUGAUCUUUGGACAGCAACCUCCUGAAGAUGACCCAGCACUGAAGCAGCCCUGCUUCAGCACGAAAUGUAUCGCGAAGCAGGACUAUGGUGUGAGUUGCUAGCAUAUUUGAUCAGAUAUAAAUCAUUAACGAUUAAACACUCCCGAAAUAUCAGUGAAAUGCCUACAGCUCCAUAGUUGUAUUUUUCUGGAGAAACUUGCAGAAGGCAUUUUUAAUACAUUCAGCUAUUGCGUCAAA